AUGUGUUAUUUUUCAAUCCGCAAUCAAGUGAAAGGUUCCUGGUUCAUACAGAGCUUAUGUGAGGAGUUGAUUGCCCACGUACACAUUGACGAUCUUGACACCAUCAUGAACAGGGUAACACGGCGUGUUAUCGGCUUUACGCGUUCUGUAGUCGAUGGCGAUGGAAAGAAGAAAAAAUGGUUACAAACUCCAGAUAUAUCCAAGCAAGGCAUCGGAAAGAAGAUUUACUUCAUGCCUAACUACCCACCUCGUUCUGAUGCCGAAUGCAGUUUGACUGACCAGCCUCGUUCUGAUGCCGCAUGCAGCUUGACCCAACAACCAGGCCCAUCAUCAGAACCACAAGGCCAGUGUUCAACACAUAGUGAAUGAUUUUUAGAUUGCUUUGUCAGACGCUAUCACGCCUUAUCGGGGAAUAUAUAGAAUAUAGCGUUAAAAAAAAAGCUUCUUCUUUUUUGUCGAUCGGGGUGACCCAGAACUGGUAGCUUCAAUCACUUAAUUUCAAACCAGUGUCAGACAGACGGUUUAUCGACUCGAUCUUUGUUUCUGUCGAAACCUUUGCACCAAAAAAAAAGACGGCGGUAAAGCACGCAGAUAGCCCGAGUGCCAGGCGAAUGUUUGAAUAAAGAUUUGUGAUGUAUGAACCAUUCAUUGCUGGUAUUAUCAAAAGUGGUUGUGAUAACGAGCAAUGGCUAAACCGCUGUUCACAUUCUGACGAGAAAAAUUGAAACUGUAAAAGUGAAUCGAAACUCUGAAUGAUUUGGAUUAAAAUGAAUGUAUACAUAACUCCCAUUGAAUGUUGAAUAAGAAAAGACAGAAUUUUGGCACAUUCACAAAAGUAGGGGGGAGAUUUGUUCAUGUUUUUAAUCAGAAUUAUAGAUUUUGUUUUCUUCCUGACUAAUAAUAGAAAAACUAAAUUGUCCAUCAAGUUUUGUUUUUUUCUUCUUCAAAAUCUAAAUUAAGAAGUAAAGGCGACUUCAGGUUAUUUGAUCUCUAAACAAUUAGCAUCUUACUUUCUGUUUAAAAUUAUCAUACAGUUCUUGUCAUAUGGGUAUUUGUAUUUUCAUCGUCAACAACAUUAUAACAUAUUGUUCAACUUUUGUAUUUUCACAUUAUGCAAAUUACUUUCAUAUAAAUAUACUCUGAAUCGGCUCUGAAUUCAAGCUAUAUGCUGUUAUUGACGGUGAAUCUUUAUGUUCUUUCAC